GAGAGCAGAGGCUGCGGAAGAAAGUAGAGCAGCAGUACUCAGACUAGGAGGGGGAUCUUCUACUCCUACACAUUCUUCCAACAUGUUGAAGGGGAACAAAAUAGUAACUGUAGAUCUUUCAUCAGAGCCACACGAUGACGAGGAAGAGGCCGGAUUAUCCUCUACAUUGGGGACACAGCAACUGAAGGCGCAAAUUCAAGCCUU